GCUGCUGGACGUAAACAUUUUCCCCAGCAAGGGGUUUCGAAGUCUUCUGGUAAUGCUUUUGUUGCCAUUUUUCAAGAGACCGUUGCCAUGGCUCUUUGUGAGUUGUACACCAAGUACAACAGAGUGUGGAUACCAGAUUCACAGGAAGUAUGGAAGUCCGCAGAAAUCUUGAAAGACUACAGAUCUGGGGACAGUGAAUUAGAGCUGCAGCUUGAAGACGGUACUGUGCUGAAAUACCCCCUGGGUUCAGGGGACACGCAGCUUCCUCACCUGCGGAACCCUGACAUCCUGGUGGGAGAGAAUGACCUCACAGCGCUCAGCUACCUGCACGAGCCCGCCGUGCUCCACAACCUCAAAGUGCGCUUCGUGGAGUCCAAGAUCAUCUACACAUAUUGCGGCAUUAUCCUCGUUGCAGUUAAUCCUUACAAACAGCUGCCUAUUUACGGAGAUGCCGUUAUCCACGCGUACUCUGGUCAGAACAUGGGGGACAUGGACCCCCAUAUAUUUGCAGUUUCAGAGGAGGCAUAUAAACAAAUGGCCAGGAACAACAAAAACCAGUCCAUUAUUGUCAGUGGAGAGUCUGGAGCAGGGAAGACUGUAUCUGCCAGAUAUACCAUGAGAUAUUUUGCAGUGGUCAGCAAGUCCAGCAGCAAAACAUGUGUUGAAGACAAAGUCCUGGCCUCAAAUCCAAUUACAGAGGCAAUUGGCAAUGCAAAGACGACCAGAAAUGAUAACAGCAGUCGUUUUGGGAAGUACACAGAGAUCAGCUUUGACAGAAGGUAUCAAAUCAUUGGAGCAAACAUGAGGACAUACCUUCUGGAGAAAUCCAGAGUCGUUUUCCAGUCAGAGAACGAGAGAAAUUACCACAUAUUCUACCAGAUGUGCGCUUCUGCAGACCAGCCAGAAUUCAAGCACCUGAGACUAAUGAGUGCAAGUAAGUUCAGGUACACCUGCAUGGGCGGCUGGACGGAGAUCGAGGGCGUGGACGACCGGGCGGACAUGGCAGAGACACGCCGGACCUUCUCCCUGCUGGGGCUGAAGGAGGACUUUCAGAUGGACGUCUUCAAGGUUUUGGCUGGGAUUCUACACCUGGGCAAUGUUGAGAUCAAAGCUGUCGGGGGUGACAAAUCAUCCAUCAGUUCCAGUGACCAGCACCUGGCUGCGUUCUGCGGCCUGCUGGGUGUGAGCGAGGAGGGCUUGUGCCGUUGGCUGUGCCACAGAAGAAUCGUUCUGGUGGCCGAGACGGUGGUCAAACCAAUGCCCAGGGAGCACGCCAUCAACGCCCGCGACGCCUUGGCCAAGCAAAUCUACGCCCAUCUGUUCGACUACGUCAUCUACAACAUCAACGCUGCUCUGCAGGUCCCUGGCAAGCCGCACACCUUCAUCGGAGUACUGGACAUUUAUGGCUUCGAGACCUUCGAAGUCAACAGUUUCGAACAGUUUUGCAUCAACUACGCCAAUGAAAAGCUUCAGCAGCAGUUUAACCUGCAUGUGUUCAAACUGGAGCAAGAGGAGUAUAUGAAAGAGGACAUCCCUUGGACGCUGAUUGAUUUCUAUGACAACCAGCCUGUCAUAGACCUCAUUGAAGCCAAGAUGGGUAUCUUGGACCUGCUGGAUGAAGAGUGUUUGUUUCCACAGGGCACUGACCAGAACUGGCUGCAGAAACUAUACAACAAUUACCUGGACAAGAACACUUUGUUUGAAAAGCCCAGGAUGUCAAACCAGGCUUUUGUAAUUCAACACUUUGCUGAUAAGGUAGAAUAUCAGUGCAAGGGCUUCCUUGAGAAGAACAGGGAUACAAUGUACGAAGAGCUGGUUGACAUAAUGAGGGACAGUAAGUUUCUGCUGCUUGCAAACUUUUUCCAAGAGGAAGAGUUGACGCCCUCCUUAACCAAAGGCAUCAAAGUUAGGCCUGCUCGACCAGGCCCGAAGCCCACCAACAAGCAGCUGAAGACCACUGUGGGCAACAAGUUUCGCAGCUCCCUGUAUCUGCUGAUGGAGACUCUUAAUGCUACCACACCACACUAUGUGCGCUGCAUUAAACCCAACGAAGAGAAGCUCCCAUUCGAGUAUGACUCCAAGCGAGUGGUUCAGCAGCUGCGUGCCUGUGGCGUACUGGAGACGAUUCAUAUCAGCGCCCAGAGCUACCCAUCUAGGUGGACCUACAUCGAGUUUUACAGCCGUUACAGCAUACUGAUGACACAGCCGGAGCUGGAGCUCAACGAUAAGAAACAGACGUGUAAGACGGUGCUGCAGAGGCUAAUUCAAGACUCUAACCAGUACAAGUUUGGCCGGACGAAGAUCUUCUUCCGCGCGGGCCAGGUGGCCUACCUGGAGAAGCUGCGGUCUGACCGGCUAAGGGGGGCCUGCAUCACCAUCCAGAAGCAUGUCCGGGGGUGGAGCCAGCGCAGGAAGUACCUCCGCGUGCGGCACGCGGCCAUCGUCAUCCAGCAGUAUGUGCGUGGGAAGAGGAAGAUCCGACAAGCUGUCAGUGCGGCCACACUGAAGAGGGCCUGGGCUGCCCUGGUGAUCCAGAAGUACUGCCGUGGCUUCCUUGUGCGGCGGAUCUACCGGCUGGUCCAGGUUGCCACGGUGACCAUCCAGGCCUUCACCAGAGGGUGGCUAGCCCGAAAGCACUACAAACAGAUGGUGGCGGAGCAGAAGGCCCUGGUCCUGCAGAAAUACGCCCGGGCCUGGCUGGCCAGGCGCCGCUUCCAGACCAUCCGUCGCAUGGUGCUGAAUGUGCAGCUGUCCUACAGGGUCCAGCAGCUGAGGAAGAAGCUGGAGGAGCAGAGCAAAGAGAACCACGGCCUGUUGGAGAGGCUGACAGGCCUGGCCAGCGCACACGCCCAGGACAUGGACAAGCUGCAGAGGCUGGAGGCAGACCUUAGCAAAUCAGCCAAUGAGAGGACAUCCCUGGAGGAGCGGGAGAAGAAGGCCAAGGAGGAUGCAAACCAGGUAAUUGUUCAGCUUCAAGCUCAGAAUGACAGUCUUCUCCAGGAGAAGCAGGACAUGGAGAAGAAGCUAUCUGAUUCAGCUCAGGAAAUGAAAGCCAACUUCGAUGAGAUGAAGAAAAAAUUCCAAGAAGAUCUGGAAAGAGAAGAAAGACAAAGAAAGAUUGUGGAAAACAACUUUGACAUCCAGAAAGAAGACUAUGAUGCACAGAUUGAGGCUCUGAAAGAGGAGAACAGGCGACUGAAAGAAGAGAAGAUCGUUCUCCAGCAGCAGGUUGAGGAAGGAGUCCAGACCAGCGGGGACCUGCAGGAGCAGGUCUUGCAGCUCACAAAGCAUGUUAAGGUUAUACCAGAGCUUCGGAAAGAGGUCCACUCUCUCCAGCUACAGAGAGCUGACAUGGACAGAAAGAUGAAGGAACAAACUCAGGAAGUUAGAGUGAAAAUGACUGAGAUCACAAGACAGCUGCUAGGUGGGGUGAUGGAGGAGGAUCUCAUAUCCAGUUUGCCUGCAAAGGACCCUGAGCAGACAGAUGAAAAUGGAGAAUUGCUGUUUGCUUAUGAGAGUCUGCAGAAAGCUACAAGGAUGGUGGCGAGCCGCUCCCAGACGCAGAAGGAGAGCCACACGAGUGAGGUCGAAAGCUUGACCUUCAAGGUGGAGCACCUGCAGAAUGAGAACAGCCAGCUGCAGAAACUCUUUCAGGAGGAGAACAACGUCAAGGACACCAUCCGCCAAGAGGUGGCGAGGCUGACCUCUGAAAACAUGGUGCUACCCAAGCUCAGGCAGCAGGUGUCGGAACUGCAGAGGCAGAAGGAGGAGCUGGAGGCUCGUCUGCAUGAGCAAGGCACAGAGAUGAGAGAAAAAAUGGAUGAGAUUUCCACCGAGCUGCAAAGCAAUCUGAACGAGGAAGUGACCCAGCGCAGGUUGUUGGAGCUUCAGAAGGCAGAGAGUGAGAGGGAGAAGGAGGAGCUGGAGAGGAGGAUAGAGGAGAUAGUGGAAGAGAAUCUCCAGCUGAAGAAACAGCACCAGGCGGAGAGCGAGGCCAAGAACCGGCUGAGGCAGGAGGCAUCACGACUGAUCGCCGAGAACAUGGACUUUGAAGAACAGCUUGACCUGAAGGAUAGGUUGAUAAGGAAACUACAAAACCAGAUCAAAGGCUUGAGGGCAUCAGAGAAUGCCAAUCAAAUACCAGUACCCGCUGUUCCCAAAGAAUACCUCGGAAUGCUGGAAUACAAGAGAGAGGACGAAACCAGGCUCAUUCAAAACAUUAUUCUGGACCUGAAGCCCCGGGGAGUGGUGGUCAACAUGAUCCCUGGCCUGACCGCCCAUAUCCUCUUCAUGUGCAUUCGUCACGCCGACUACCUCAACGAUGACAAGAAGCUCAAGUCGCUUAUGAACUCCAUCAUCGGUGGCAUUAAACAGGUCGUUAAGGACCACCAGGAUGACUUUGAGAUGCUGUCCUUCUGGCUGUCCAAUACGUACCACAUGCUCAACUGUCUGAAGCAGUACAGUGGAGAGGAGGAGUUCAUGAAGCACAACGCCCCCCGUCAGAACAAGAACUGCCUGCAGAAUUUCGACCUGUCUGAACACAGGCAGAUCUUCAGCGACCUCGCCAUCCGCAUCUACCAGCAGUUUGUGACCGUCAUGGAGAAAACCCUCAUUCCCAUGAUAGUGCCGGGGAUGCUGGAGCAUGAGAGCCUCCAGGGCAUCUCCAGCAUGAAGCCCACAGGCCUGCGUAAGCGCUCGACUAGCUUCCUGGACGACGCAGAGACCUACACCAUCUCCUCCAUUCUGCAGCAGCUAAGCAGCUUCCACUCCACCAUGAGCCAGCACGGCACGGACCCUGAGCUCAUCAAGCAGGCCGUCAAGCAGCAGUUCUUCCUGGUGGGCGCGGCCACCCUCAACAACAUCCUGCUCCGCAAAGACAUGUGCUCCUGCAGGAAGGGCAUGCAGAUCAGGUGUAACAUCAGUUACCUGGAGGAGUGGCUGAAAGAUAAGAACAUGCAGCACUCCAAUGCCAUCGACACCAUGGAGCCUCUGUCCCAGGCAGCCUGGCUUCUCCAGGUCAACAAGUCCACCGACGAGGACGCCAAGGAAAUCGCUGAGAAAUGCACCGAGCUCAGCACCGUGCAGAUUGUCAAGAUUCUUAACUCUUACACACCCAUAGAUGAUUUUGAGAAAAGAGUUGCACCAUCUUUUGUUCGGAAGGUUCAGUCAUUGUUACAGGAUCGAGGAGGAUCCACUCAACUAAUGCUGGACACUCAGUAUCGCUUCCAGGUCACGUUUCCUUUUAGCCCCUCCCCUCAAGCCCUGGAACUUAUCCAGGUUCCCAGCAGCCUCAAACUGAGCUUCCUCACCAGGAUAUGACAUCACUACCCUCCAAACGCAGUCACCAGUCCAUCGUGUUCGAUCCACAGAGUUAUUUUAAUGCUCAAAGUAGGCUUUUAAAUGAAAGAUUUGGCAUUACAUUUGUGAAGGAAUGCAAGGAGCCGGGUACUUAGUAUGUAGGAUGUGUAUUUAAAUGGUAAUUAAAAUCGAGUAUAAAUCUUUUAUAAAUAAUGUAUUGGAGGAUGGAACAAAUAUA